GGGGGGGGGGGUAAGAAUCCCUUAUUUCAGGCCGUGCUGUUUGGAUCUUUUGAUAUUAUUGUUUUGUUAACUUUCCAGCUGUGAUCUUUCAGCUUGGGGGUUUGAAGCGUAUAGAACGUGUAUCUUUUCUGCACUGCUCUAUGUGCAACAAAGAAAGCGGCCAAUCAGUGGGUACCCCAUCUAGUUAAUGAGUGACCCAGCAUGGAUUAGCAGGGCCACAUCUACAGGUGAAGCUCAACAACAGUCUAAUUCGUGUGAUGCAGCACUUCACAUGACUUCCUCUUCCUCUCCCACUUACCCAGCUGUAUGCUCCCACCUCUUGUCUGUAUGGGCACUUUGCUGGUCUUGUUUCCCCAGUAAAUGGACCAGGGUACUGCACAGGCAGAAAGCUGAAGAAUCGUCAUCAUCAUCCCACAACCACAAAAAGAACACCAAAACAAACCAACCCAAAAAAGCCCAACCCAAAACAACCUGCCAGAAUCUCACAAUUGAUAAACUCAAUUGAGGGUGAGUACUGGCUGUAGGGAACAAGGGAACAUGAUGUGUGAUUUGGGCAAAAGGAUGAUGCCAGCAUCACCUGAUAUAAUUUGUUAUAUGAUAUUACUGAAUAGUGCUGUUGUUACUCUGUCUUUGGGGAGGAACUGCUCAUGCAGGACCUCUCUAGCAAAAGUUUGCAGGUUGAAAUACAUCUCUAAGGAGGCUUUUUGUGCACUUAAGCCCUUCUUUAUACAUUAAUGAAUAUUGCGAGGAAAUGGUGUUAGCCGGAAAUUUUCAUGACCUUUUGUUCUUUUGAUAACUAAGCUCUGUUGGGGAUAAUGAACUAAUAUUUAUGAAGGUUAGUCCUCUGUUGCUCAUCAAAUAUUGCUCAUACUAGUCUGAGGGAUAGUUUGAGGAGGAUGAGCAAGGGAAAAACAUGCAAAUGCCACUGUUUUUCUAAACAGAUGAAGUACUAAGGCCUGAACUAUAGGCAUUGAACCAAAGUUGACGUCUAGAUGAAUCUCACAACCCAGCAUUACAUAUCAUCGGUAUCUGAUCAUUAGUGAAGUAUGUAUGAUCAUUAACAAAAUAUGUAUCUUGAACGAAGCAUCUCAUUAGCAAGAGAUAUAGCUUAGAUAAAACGUUGUGUAUUAACCUUUCCUUGUUUAGAAAUGUAGUGUCAAGAGCUACUAGGGCACAGACUUCCUUGGUUCCUCCUUGAGCCCUGGCCAGGUUUGAGGUGGAAUCCAAAGGGAGAAUGAAACAAAAUAUUUCCACCUAAUUGGCAUGUAAACUUGUUUAUUCAACAAUAUAAAAGCUGGACUGUCUUACAGCAAAGUUGGAGACCUCACCUACAAGUGGACGCACUGCGUAGGGCCUCCCAGUUGAUGGGAAAGGCUCUCCAAAUCCUCACUGCAAUUGGGGCUCCCCAGUGACUGCUGAUCCAAUGGUCAAGUGGUAGGAAAAUUGGUGAUGUAUCUUAAUCACUAUCGCUAUCCUCACGUAGUAACGGUUAGGUACAGUGCCUCGUUCUGCAUUAUUCUUGCUGUAUCGUUUCGCUUAUUACCUCAUUGCUUUAAACUUCAGAGAAACACACUUUUGUAACUUGUUGUCUGUGACCUUUUUGCAGACCCCAUCCACUGGUGAAACAUCCAGAAUGUUUCUGUUAGGCUGUUGAUAAAUGAGGGGAGUGGGGAGAGGUGACAUUUUCAUUCUUCUUUCAAAUACCAAUUGUGAACAGAAUGAAAUGGGUCUUACGGAAUUGUUGCGCCGCUUAUAGGAGGGAUUUGCUGGAAGGGCUGAGUGCUGGAGAGAUUGCUUUGCCUUGGUGGUGGGAAGUAAUGUGACCAUCUGGGGUCUGUUCUACCACAAAUAAGGGAGUUACAGAUCUCUCAGAUUUGUCUGCAGGCAUUACCCUUAGAGCGCUUUCUUUGCUUUGCUACCAGGAUACGUUGUUAACUCAAGGUAGAAAGCCAGUUCUCAUGCAGGGCAAGUUCUGAGAGCUUAGGUGGUCUGUGUGACUUACUGGGGAAGGUUACUAAGCUCUUGCAGUCUUUUCCCUUGAGAAUAUCCAGGAAGGCCUUACAAAGAACAGCAUCGUCAUCCUGUGUUGCUUAGGCUUGUGUAACUACUCUUGCCUUGUCAUCUAGAGGAUGACACCUGGGGGAUAUUUGGUGUCCUACAUAUGCUCGGUAACUGUGGAUGUUGACUCCUCUGCUGUUGCACAAUUUCUGUGAACUGCUGAAAUAGUUCUGCCUUCUGAAUUUGUUCUCAGAAAGAUAAGUUUUGUCUCCAGCCAUAAAGUGGUGCUGACAGCCCUUGCUGUGAGGCUGACCUCUUCUGAACUGGUGUGGAGCGAGCAGUUGGGAGACAGGAGCGCUUGGGCUAUUGCAGCUUGUGGUGGCAGCUGCGUAUUGAGUCGACAGAUUGACACAGUGCUGGGUUUUGCUUCUAGAACUUACGGUUGUAUUGAAGUGUGAUGUCCUUUCUAAAAGCUGACAUCGCCUUUAAAAUUUUCAUACAUUAAAAUAAAUAUACCAAAUUCUGUAGGUUCUUUUCUCAGCUGAUUUUAAACUCAGCAGGAACUAAUGGAUCUAGGCACGGAUAUUAUGCUCGUUAUAUAUGCAGUCAUUAAGUAGUUUUAGUUGUACGUGGCAUCUUCCUUUUUAAAUAGAAACUAAUCUUAAUGAGAGCUCUAGGUUGCUGCAUGCUGCAAAAAAAUUAGGGCAUUAAAUUUGAGAUUUGUAACUUCAAAUGCACGACGACCUCCUCCAACACCCCCAGCGUCCUAUAGCUUUCUGCUGUUUGUUUUCAUGAGCUGCCUCCUCUUGGGGACAGCAUGGAAUGACAAGCCUUCUUUGAGUGUUUUAGCUGCCAUCUUUUGGCUAGAUGUUACCGGCCACACUUAGACUAUGCCCUGUGUACCCCGCAAGAGUGGGCAUAUUCAGCACUGAAAUAGUGCUGCAUGAAGGACUACACGGCAACAUCGUCGUCCAUUGAGCAGUUCUGCUGUAAUUUCAAGAAACAAUGAAUGCUAUUUUUAUGACGCUCUGAAGUUCACCUCUGCUGCUGAAUGCAGAUCUGACUGGCAGGAGAGCCAACGCAUAAUCAGCCAAACGGGAUCAAGAGGAAGCAGAAUAUUUGAGAAGGCUCCCAGCAUCUCAUGAAUGAACUAACGGAACUCGAUAAUGCUGGUUCUCCAGAGCCAGGUCUACGGCUCAGAAAAGGACACAUGUCUGACUCUGCAACAACACAGACAGCCUUUGAAGAGGACAGCUCAGAGCAGAGGCUUCUUUUAGUGGAGCCACCUCUGUCUUCUAAUCAGGAAAACAGUUCUGAGGAUAGUAACCACAAUGAUGAGUCACCUCAAGAAGACGAAGGGUUUAUGGGCAUGUCACCCCUUCUACAAGCCCAUCAUGCCAUGGAGAGAAUGGAAGAAUUUGUGUGUAAGGUAUGGGAGGGCCGAUGGAGAGUCAUUCCCCAUGAUGUUCUACCUGACUGGCUAAAGGACAACGACUACCUGUUGCAUGGACACAGACCACCCAUGCCUUCCUUCCGGGCUUGUUUCAAGAGUAUCUUCAGAAUACACACAGAGACUGGCAACAUCUGGACGCAUCUUCUAGGAUGUGUGUUCUUCCUGUGUCUGGGAAUCUUCUACAUGUUCCGGCCAAACAUGUCCUUUGUAGCACCUGUGCAGGAGAAAGUGGUUGUUGGAUUGUUCUUCUUGGGAGCUAUACUCUGCCUCUCCUUCUCAUGGCUCUUCCACACAGUUUAUUGCCACUCGGAAGGUGUUUCCCGGCUCUUCUCCAAGCUGGAUUAUUCUGGCAUUGCACUUCUUAUAAUGGGCAGCUUUGUACCGUGGCUGUACUACUCAUUCUACUGCAACCCUCAGCCUUGCUUCAUCUACUUGAUUGUGAUUUGUGUCCUGGGCAUCGCAGCCAUAAUCGUCUCACAGUGGGACAUGUUUGCAACCCCUCAAUACCGGGGUGUAAGGGCAGGAGUAUUUCUAGGUCUGGGUCUUAGUGGGGUUAUUCCCACCCUGCACUUUGUCAUCUCUGAGGGGCUCCUGAAAGCAGCCACAAUGGGGCAGAUAGGCUGGCUGGCACUCAUGGCAUGCCUGUACAUCACUGGUGCUGCACUAUAUGCUGCCCGCAUCCCGGAGAGAUUCUUCCCUGGCAAGUGUGACAUCUGGUUCCACUCCCAUCAGCUGUUCCACGUCUUUGUAGUGGCUGGCGCUUUUGUGCAUUUCCAUGGGGUUUCCAACCUCCAGGAGUUCCGCUUCACAGUAGGAGGAGGCUGCACAGAAGAAGAGGGGAUGCAGUAAGACCGGGCUUCAGUCUGAGGUCAUAACCAAAACAGUGCCGCAGGGGUGGCUGAAGCCUACAGGCUAGUGAAAUGAAUACCUAAGAAGAAUCCAAGUUUCAGCUGAUGGAGCGUGGAGCUUCACGGGGAUUCUGACUAACCGAGAUAAAAUUCUAUACCUCAAGCAAUGGAAUGAAUCAAUUUGAAGACCAGGAAAUUCUGAAACCCUAAUUUAUUCUUGGGAUCUACAGAUUGAGCUACAGAGGACCCUUUCCAAAUCGGCUUCUGUUCAAUGCCAUAUUUAUUUGUAGAAGUGGGGAGGGCUAGCUUAGCAGUUUCCUUUUUUAAAAAAAAAUAAAAAAAAAAGAGGUUAAAUUUAUAUCCUCUUGGAGGGGGAGGGGGAGUUGAUUUUAGAUGCUCUUUUGGGAGAAAAACAAAUUGUAAAUAAGAUUUCUAACUUUCUGUUUAAAUAAAAUUUAUAUAAAUGUUUUAAACAACGGGGGGGGAGGGGGGGAAGGGGUUUUGUAAAGAAUGCAACAUGCAAGUACCACACACUGUUUCAAUUUUGCACAAAAAUAAAUGAUUGCAGAAGGACCAGGUAAAAUUCCCAGGAGUGAAUCCCGUUGGCCAUGCAGGUUUUCCUGAUGGCCAGCCUGCCCUGGGCAGUGCGGGAUCCUGGCCAGCGCUUGGGUUGGGUUCAGUACACGUUCACAAAGAGUUGGGAAGGCUGCGGUCAUUGAGCUGACAUCCAGGUCACAGUGUUAGCGAGUUCCACUUGUGUAGCUCGAAAGAAAAGUCUGGGCCAUGCUCAAGUGCGUGGGACAGCUGCCUUCCAAGCUUGCAUGGCCUGCGUGGCUUUGCAUCUCACAGUGAACUGUUUGGGUUCUCGGCAUCUGAAUUGGAGUGGGGUGGGAUUACUGCACGUGAACUGGCAAAAGGUCUGACCCCAUCAGUGCCUGCCUAUACCCGGGGGCCCCUGUUGAGUUGCCAGUUGAGGGCCUGCGCUGUUUUGUCUGAGUGAAGGGUGGUAAUGCACUUGUCAAGAGGUAGUUGAGCAUGUGAGGGGAAACAGAGAUGGGGUUAAGGUAGACUGGAAAGAGGAAGUCGUGUGCUCCAGGGCUUGGAGUUAACAGUUACUGCAGACCUCCAGCAUGUUACCUUCUCAUGUGUCAGGCUCCAUACGCCAAGGGGGGUUGCAGGUUUUUCUUUUUAGGAGGAAAAAAUCCACACUCAACCCAAUACAGCUCAAUUUUUUUUUCUUUUUCCUUAGGUCUGCUUCCCAUCUGUGCUUUAGCAAUGGGACUGCUGGUAUUUCUUAAACCUGAAACUAAAAGUUCAGCUGAAUUGCUGUGGAGCAGACACAGCUCCUAUAUAAAGGGAGGUAUAUACCCUUCUCUUGCUUAAUUGAUGUAGCUUGAUCUCUGGAGCCCAGUCAGAAGCCAGACUGGAGGAGAAUCUUUGGAGUUGUAAGAUGAAACCUGAACGCUUUGUUUGUUAUGGCACAAGCACUGCUUGGAGUGUUUAGUUGGAAAUUCAGAGCAAUUACCUCCAACAGAUGAGUUCAACAGCUCAUAAAACGCUGUAGUUCACAAAGAAGGAAGGUAGAAGGUUGUUUUCGUGGGGUUUUUUUUAUUUUGGGUUGGUUUUUUUUUUUCUUCUGCAAGUUUUAAUUUUCAUCCUUCAAGGGAAAAAAAAAAAAAUGUGGAUCACAAAGAUCUUUCAGCGUGCUGGGUGUCACCAAGGGUGCUUCGGGAGGUUGCUUUGUCUGCUGGAGUCGGAUGGAAGCAGAGCGCCUUCCUACAGCUGGCUGGGUAGUGAGGCUUCGCCCCUGGGCUGGGAGUCUUUGUAAAGCCCCCGAGGGCAGGGCCAGCUGCAGGAAGAGGUGCUGCAGCCCUCUGUGAACGUAGGGGGUGUAUUCUCAGUAGGGUCACUAUGCUGGAUGCCAGCGGGCCCGGAGGAUGCUUAUCAUGGGGCUGUGGUACUGAAAAGAAACAAAGCAGUAUUAAAGUGGCUGUAAGGGCUCGCGGCACCACAAAGAGGUGCCCGGCAGGAAGUAGGCUGGUGGCUGAGGAAAGAAUAGAACAUAUCAGCAUCAGACUCAUCUGAAGGGUGCUUUGGGAUGCCUCCGUACCAGUACCAGCAGGAGUGGCAGUCUCCAUCCUGCAUCAUCCCACGUUCGCUCCUUGAAGGGUGAUUGUAACCUGGUCCUACACAGCACAGAACUACUACAGAAACACAGUACUCACCUGCUAUUCUUACCCGGUCAGUCUCUCCCUUCAAGAAGUUCGUGUGUUCCAAUAAAAGCAACCUAGCUGUGCACUUUUCUGUAGCUCUUGCUGAGAACUCUUCCCAGGUUGGCACCUGAAUGCCUUACUCUCAGCAGUCAGAGGCUUGCUUGCUCUGUGUGCAGGUUAUUGCCAUAGAAUAGUUAGGACCUACAGCUUCUUUCCUUCCCCAUUAAAUAGUGGCCUUGUUCAGUAUAUUUCUUUUUAAAAAUUGCUUACUGUUGAAAGCAAUGAAGCACAUUCUAGGGUUUUGAUGGUCGGGGACUCUGGUGAUGGUUCCAUAUAAGAUGGGAUCUUACUACUUGCUGUAUUCUUAACUUCUGCUAAUAAAAGAACCAAAUGGAA